GGGCGGGAAAAGAAGAGAGGGCGAAACGGAUAAAGGGUCCUUCCUCUGCGAAUCGCCGGGACGAUCGCGCGAGAAUCGUCAGGACACGAGAAAGAGACAGAUCUACCUCGCUCUGCUCCAUUCUUCUCCUCCCUCUCUUCCUCCCCCUUCUCCUCCUCGCCCCCUCACUCUCACUCCGCUCCGGUACCUGACCUACUUGCGCGCGAGCUGUCAUCCUACGGUCGGUACUAUUCUCCCCGGCUGGCUGGUCGUCGGCCCUUCGGACUCGCCUCGCACUCCUCUCCGCGCGCGGAGAGGCUGCCUGCCUCGCGCGAAUCUUCUUCGCGGAGGAAGAACCGACACAGGCCGGGCCGAAGAGUCGUGAGUAAAGGGUGGACGAAGAGUGGGGAAUCACCGUGGUGAGCGCGUAAAAGCGGAGGCACGACGACGACGAUGAUGACGGUGACAACGACGGCGACGACGACGGCGACGACGUGGACGAAGGGAGGCAAAGGAGAAGAGAGGAAACAAGUUUGAAAACUGGCAUCGCCGGUCGAUCGUCGUCGCACCAGGUGAUUCCCGAGGUCGCAGCGCAAGCCCGAGACCAAUGCCGCGAUCGACGAUGACCGUACGAGCGUGUGAGAUAACGAAAUGGCGAGGAUGAGCAGCCUUUGCUCCCCGAGCGUCGGUAUCGAGUCGAUCCCUCGCAGAAAGAACGCGGUAAUCCGAGGAAGGAAGAAACAUAAGCGCAGGCUACCAGAUGCACUGAGGAUCUUCCGGCAGGAAGCAGAAGUCGGCGGGCAGGAAGAGGCGUCACUGUAAGGUCGUGACGAAUCACGAAGGACGAUGGACGAGAUACGUGGCUCGUCGUCGGCUCGCCGUCUCUCGCAGAUUCUCGAUCCGAUCACGCGGCUCGCCAGCGACUUCAGCUCCAACUCGGCGCCGUGCAGCCCGCGGCUGGGUGCGCGCGUGCAAGAUGCCAGCGGUGGAUCUGCCGCCGUCGGUCAGUCGGGCCAAAUCGCUACAGCCACCGCCGGUGUUCCAUCGUCGUCACGAGCAAGUCCGAGCGGCGUCGGGGCGGCCGGCAGCUCGAAUUCCGGACCCGAUAGCCCGCGAUUGUGGCCGCGACAGUUUCGACAGGCUCCAACGCCACCGCCACGGCCUAGGCACGUCAGCGCCACUGUCACCACCGCUAUCAGCACCGCCAGUACCUCCACCAGUGUUUCCGCGAACAUUAAUAACAACAAUAACAACAAUGCGGGAAGUGACGUCGACGGCGGCGCGCUACCGCCGGUGGUGCACGUGAGAGACUCGCCCUACGUCAAUGUGCCGAAUUUGUUCUUCCACAAGGACAAGAGCUUCGCCGAGACCGCUAGGAGCGCCGGCUACAUCGAGCUUCGCGAAAAGCCCAAGUGCAGCCCGUACGACUUUACGUCCGAGUCGAGCGGUCACGUGGAGUACGCGGAUAAGAGAACGUUCAUCACUCCAGUUCAAUCCGACUUGGCCUACGACGUCGGAAAGGAGCCAGGCAGUCCUCUCUGUAGGGGAAGGUCGAACUAUGAUCCGGGUCCUUCCAGCGGUAGAGGUCACUUCGAUAGGGCGUUCUCGUUCUCCGGCAGGCAACCGCCGGAGCAACUACCGGCCUCACGGAUGUACGAAACGGGCAGAUUGUUCGUCGAUCCGAGAGCCACUGGUGGCAACGUCGACCUGAAGAGGGAGAAGCUGGACGUCAGACCCACUUACAGCACCUCCAAGAGCUUCGACGGGUACACGACGACAGUGGAGGAGCUCAAUUGGCAGGAGAGAUGUCUAGAGUUGCAAUUGGAGCUGCAUAGGAGUAGGAGUCAGGCGACCAGGGUGAGAGACAUGCUCCGAGAAAAGCUCUCGGAGCUCGAGCAGCGGGUGUUGGAGGCGGAGGGUAGGGCGGACGAAGCUGAAGACAAGGUACGGAUGAUGGAGGAGCGGCUAGUGAAGGGUGAGUACUGCCUCAGCACAUCCGGCGUUGGUUCUCCGCCGCAUUCGCUGCCGUCGACCUCCGGUACGCAGAAUGACAAGAUCGAGGAGGUCCAUUGUGCCUGCAUUUCGAAGCUAGAGACUCAGGUCGAGGAACAGAGGCAGUUACGGCUGCAAGACGCCAGGCAAGUGGAAGCGAAAGCCGCGAGGAUAAAGGAAUGGGUCACUAAUAAGUUAAGAGAAUUGGAACAACAAAAUCAACACCUGAGGGAACAGAACAACAAGUGCAACCAGCAACUCGAGUUGUUGCGUAAUCAUAUAACUAAUAUUGGACUCAAACCUCCCGCACCGACGAGAGCGUCGUUGUCCCUCGAAGUGGAUCCCACCUUACGUAUCGAUCGUAGACGAUCGGAGAGCUUGGAGCGUACACCGCAGACGGCACCGGAGUGCGUGCAGAACACCGUGGCGGAACCGCAAACAAGCACAAAGCACCGAAGGCAUUUGUCCGCUUGCGGCACCAUCCAACGAGGAGUCGCGGCCGCCAACAUGGAUUCGAGUCUACUGUCCGAGGAGCUGGCCGCGGCGGUGGAGAACCUGGUGAUGCUGCCAAAUAUAUCCGGUGUUUCGGAGGCGAGUCGAGAUAGCGGAAGCUCGGAAGCGGUACAUGACUACGCUGAGAUAUAUACGCCUAGCCGAGAGGGCAUGAACUGGCUGCAAGGAAGCGGACAAGGUCCUCGUCCACCGACUCCGCCGUUGCACAGGUUUCCCAGCUGGGAGGCGAAAAUAUAUCAGGUAGCGGACGGUGGUCUUGGCAUCGGUCCACCGACAAACGAGGAGUCCGCACCCUCCACGAUGACCACCACGACGAGUUCGUCGAAGCAUUCUCAGGCCACUGGACACAACUUGACAGCGCAUAACUCUCAAGGCUACUGCGAUAUAUCUGUUCCAGUAUACGCUACUGUUAAAGGACGUGCCAGUCAAAUCAGAUCCAUGCCUUUCGGCGACAGUUCUGAUGAUAGUUCGGAUGGCGAGGAACAUCCGAAUCAGACUGAAACUAAUACUAGAAUUACCAAUAGUUCGUCCGACAAUACAGAUUCCUCUCUCGGUAGCGGAAGCAGUCCCUCGAAAAGUAUCAAAACAACCAGUAGCCUCAGUCCUGCGAAAAGAAGUUCUAGCGGAUCUCCGAGUAAAAGCGUAAAACGUGAUACUUCUCUCGAGUCAGGACUAUCCGAGGAUUACGCAAUACCUCCAGAUGCACUAAGUUCGACAUCUCUAGAAUCUAGCAUGCCUAGCCUCCUAAUGCGCGUCUCUGGCGAAAGUCCAAAGAGGCAGGAAUCGCUGGAGAAAACGGGUCAUCUGGCGAAAUUAGGCGGCAAGUUAAAAACUUGGCGGAAACGAUGGUUCGUGUUGAAAAACGGUGUAUUAACGUAUUGGAAGAGUCAAAAUGACGUCAAUCGAAAACCUCAAGGCCAAAUAAUUUUGGACGAAGUGUGCAGGAUCAAUAGAGCUGAAGGAGCUGCUACGUUCGAAAUAGCCACAGGAAAGAAGACUUAUUAUUUGACUGCGGACUGCAUUGCCACGAUGGAAGAUUGGAUAAGGGUGUUGCAGAACGUGCAGAGGCGAAAUGCAACGAAACUCUUGCUCAGUAGAGAGGAUAAUAAACCAACGAUACAAGGAUGGUUAACAAAAGUGAAAAACGGUCAUGCAAAAAAGUGUUGGUGCGUGCUUAUCGGCAAGAUGUUCCUUUACUUUAAGUGCCCCAGUGAUACGAAUCCUAUCGGCCAAAUUAAUAUGAGAGACGCUCGAGUAGAAGAGGUAGAACAUGUUUCGGACAGCGAUAGCGAGGAGAGAGACGCCGAGUGUCCACAUGAGAGAACAAUCGGCAUCUUCCCCACGCAUCAAGGUCCAACUUAUCUACUGAUGCCAUAUAAGCAGGACAAGGACAAUUGGCUGUACCACUUGACAGUGGUGUCGGGUGGUGGACCAAGCGCGGGCACACAAUAUGAGCAACUGGUGCAGAGACUGAUGGAAACCGACGGUGAUUCCAGCUGCGUGCUGUGGCGGCAUCCUCUGCUGCUACACACGAAAGAAAGCAUUACGAGUCCGCUGACAAGUCUGACCUCUGAAUCCCUGCAAACUGAAGCUAUAAAGCUUUUCAAGGUCUGUCAGCUGUUUAUGUCGGUGGCAGUAGAACAAGCAGGUAUCGACUACCAUGUGGUUCUAGCGCAAAACGCAUUACAACAAUGCCUAGACCAACCUGAACUUCAGUCUGAAUUUAUUUGCGCAUUGGUAAAGCAGACAAGUCGUCACACGCAACACCGUUUGGGCGUACAGGUAAAAAAGGCCGCCAGACUUGUGUCACUGGGUACUGCGCGCGUUCAGCUCCUCCUCUGCGCCACGCAAUCGCUCUUCACCUGCGAUACGCAAAGUCCCGCGGCAAAUGGCAGCGGUGAAAAUGCGGACGCGCAAUCGACGGCCUCGACUUCUCACAGUCCUCCGCUCACGCAGGGCCAUUCGACUUCGACUAUCUUGGACUGCAAAACUAAUCCCGCGCAGUAUGUGCUUAUCCAGGGAUGGCAGCUCUUGGCGCUCGCCGUUUCCCUCUUUCUGCCCAAAAACAAUCGGCUACUAUGGUACCUGAAACUGCACCUGCAGAGAAACGCUGACAGCAAAACGGAGUGCGGCAAGUAUGCUGCUUACUGCGAGAGAGCCUUGGAGAGAACAUUGCAGAACGGCGGUAGAGAAGUGAAACCGUCGAGAAUGGAAGUACUGUCGAUACUGAUGAAAAAUCCGUACCAUCAUUCAUUGCCGCAUGCCAUACCAGUUCACUUUCUGAACGGCACCUAUCAGGUCGUCAGCUUCGACGGUAGUACUACGAUAGAGGAAUUUCUAAAUACUUUGAAUCAGGAGAUCGGCUGCAGGGACGUUCAUCAAUCCGGCUUCACGCUAUUCAGCGAUGACCCAAUCGAGAAGGAUCUGGAGCAUUUCAUUGAUCCAGAAGCGAAGCUAUGUGACAUUAUCUCAAAAUGGGAAACAGCGUUACGAGAAAAAGGCUCGGGAAAAUUCGAGAAUACCAGAGUGAUACAAUUAACAUACAAAUCUCGUUGCUAUUGGCGGCAAGCUGCUAAAAUGGAAACGGACAAGGAAAGGCUUUUGCUGUGUUACCAAGUGAAUCAACAAGUUGUGCAAGGAAAGUUUCCGUUAAAUCGUGAACUUGCUUUCGAACUAGCAUCGUUGAUGGCACAGAUUGAUUUUGGAGAAUACAACAAUGAUAAAGCGCGCGGCAGCGGUCCCGGAAACAAUCCACAUCAUCUCGUACUUCAAGCUCUGGACAAAUUUUAUCCAAUACGCUAUCGAGCCAACAUUACCGCCGAUCAAUUGAGGGAAUUGCAAGAGAAGUUGCAGGAAAAGUGGAUUGCGUUAAAAGGACGUAGCGUAGUGGACUGUGUUCGUAUAUAUCUCACAUGCACCAGAAAGUGGCCUUUUUUCGGAGCUACCUUGUAUCAAGCAAAGCUGAAACAAACUGAUCCCGUGACGGUCUGGAUAGCAGUUUCCGAAGAUAGUGUAACGUUGCUUGAAUUGCAAACGAUGGCUGUCAUGUGUCGGUAUAAUUAUGCGAACAUAGUGACGUUUGGCGGUUGUUUAGAUGAUUUUAUGCUCGUUGCUUGCCCAGAUGAAGGUGCAGCCGAACAGAAACUGCUCUUUGCACUCUCCAAACCCAAAAUUUUAGAGAUAACGUUACUGAUCGCCGACUAUAUGAACGCACUGGGCCACGCACUACCGGGUACUCCACAAAUGAAUACUCUAACACGCAAUGGAUCACAUCGGUCUAUCAAAUCCACUUUGAGACCUGCGACUGGUUCAAGCUGUCUUCCAACUCAACCUGAUAUAUUGAAAUCUACGCCAGAUCACCAAAGACCUUAAUAAAAAGGCUGGUUACAUUAAUUUUUUGGAAACAAUGGAGAAUAUAUUUCUUGAAUGCGCACGGAGAUCUGAUUACAAUGCAUAUUUUCUGUUGCCCUUUGUAUCAUAUAAAGGCAGCGUAACAGUGCAGUAUUAGUAUCGUACACUGCGAUGUGCGGUGCAUCGUCUUUUUUUCUGCGCAGUCAAAACGCAGUCGCAGACAUGAAUCACGUUUAUGUUUAUGUCGUAUGUGCAUGUAAAUUAGUAUCGACGCUUGUAAGAACGUAUCUGUGUAAAUAACUUAACAAUGAGCGCAAGAACCACGAAUAAUCUUGUUGGUGGUUUAAGGAUCGGCUGAAAUCGAAUCGAAUCGAUAUGUAACACUGCCUAAUUAACGUGUGCGAUUACACAUCGAAUAGUUUCAUCCCGCGGCUGAGACUUUUGCUACGUAUUUAUAUAUCAAAAACACAAAAUAGAAAUGAAGAAGGACGCGUAAAGUAUUUCGUAAUAGUGAUGUACUCACCGUAUCGUGUAUAUAUUAAUCAAAGUUAUUAAAUGUUUAGGAGUAUAUCUCGAAAGACACACAGCGAUGCGUUCUUUCCCAAUUUUGUCGAGUGAAUACCUCUGCAUGAAUGUUAUCGCUAUGUAAUAUAUGAUAUAUUUCGUAACGCAAUUCUUUCUAAUUCUAUCAGUUUUUGUUGUUUAUUUUUAUCGGAUAAAAAUCAAUUUCACUUAAAUUUAUUAUAUUAAAAUAAAUUAAUUUUUGUUAUAGAUUUUAUAUUUAAAUUUAAUUGAAAUUGAGAGUUUAGAUUUAAUCCAGAUCUGAGUCGUGUGGGAGAAUUUAAAUUUAAUUGAAAAAUUGUAUAUUUCAUAAUUUGAAUUUAUUUAAGUUUAAAUUCGAUUUUGUGAUAUAUUCGGGCAAGAAAGAAAAAUCUAAAUCAAGAGAGAAAAGACGAAGAUAAUUUUAUUUCAACAGGCACAUAUUACAAUAUAGUAAAUGGACCUAGUAAACGGAAGCAUCAUAUUCCGUUUACUGAUAA